AUGUACUCUUGUGACAUACUACCAUUACCAGGAUAGCGGUUUCGUUAUGCAAAGAAUCUAAAUCUACUUCAUUUAGAUCAUUAUUCAAAGUAUUAUAGUCUUAAUAACAUUUAUAGUUAAGAUUAACAAAGUUCAAGCAGAAUUAGGAAACCGACCAGCAAAUUGAAGUUAUUGAGUGUAUGUAAUUUAAAUGAUAAUGUAGUUACAUACUUUAAAGAAGGAUGAAGGCAAAAAUUUUUAUCAUCAUACUUCCAUAUAUAAUUUAAAGGAAUACAAUAAUCUAACUAAAUCUCCUGUAUUUUUGUAAUCAUUUUAUCAAAUAUUUCUUUAGUUUGAGUGGCAAUACUAAUAAAUUAAAUGAAAUGUAAGCAAAAGUACUUUUAACUGAUUUUCAGAGAAAAGUGACUGCUUAUUUGAAAAAGAUGCCAAAUUCUAAGAAUAAUAAAUAAUAUUAUUCUGAUAUCAAACCACCAGGAUAUACAAAAGAAUAUGAGACUUUGUAAACCAUUCUACAUACACAAUAAGAAGAAUUGUUAAAUCGAUCAUUAUGUUUAAAUAAAUACAAUUACAGACCAGAAUGUAAUUAUUAAUUUCACUAUAUUUUAAGUGUCUGAUGUAGGAAUAGAAGUAAGGUUGAUGGACAGUACUAAAUCAUUAAGUAAACAAGUCAUUCCCAAUGAAAGUAUACAGAAUCGUUUACUAAAGUUUAUGGAAAAGUACCUAAAUGAUGAACAUAUCGAUUAUGACUUAAAGUAAUUUUGCUCUUUUCAUUUAUAUAACACAGAAUGUAGAUAAUGACAUAACAAUACCGUGAAAUUGUUAAGAAGAUCAAAACCAAGGCUUUCAAAAUCAAAGUUCCAGAUCAUUAUUAAGUCUAAAUGAGCGAUUUUAAUGAUUACUAUUAAGUCAAUGAGAAAAAGUAAAGAGAAUAUUUAGAAUAAUAAUUUGAUUCUUUAGCUGAUUAAAUUAUUCAAUCUAUUCAAUAAAGCUAAGAUUCAUUAUCAUCUUAUAGAGAAUCUUAAUCAGAUAUUAAUGAAUAAGAACAUCAACAUCAUCAUCAUCAUAAUAUUUCAAAUAAUCAUAAUUAAGAAUUCUAAUAAAAUAAAAUAAAUGAUAUUGAUGAGGAUGAUGAUAGAGUAGAUGAUAUGAAAUAAUCCAAAAAAACUGUUAAACAAAAAGAUCCAAAAAAAUUAACCAAAAAGUAAUCUAUUAGAGUUUAAAGACCCUCAACUUUAUAAAGAUAAGAAUCAGAUGUUAUUUAACAGUUAAAUGAACCUAACAAUCAAAAUCAAUAAAGAGAAUAAAGAUAACCAACAAUUUAAUAGAUUGAACCAAUUCAUGAAGAGGAAAUAAGAUAGACAAUUUAAGAAAUCACAGAAGAAUUAAAAAAACCACAUAAAAAACAUAUGACUAAAGCUGAAAGGGAAGAAUAGAAAAAAAGAAAAAAAGAGAUUUAACGUUUACAUGAAGAUAUUGAAAGAAUCAAAAGAGAAAAGGGAGGAGAUUUUGAAUAUGAGAAAACAGAUUCUGAUAGUGAAGAUAGAUUUAGAAGAUAGAAAUUACAUAAUUAAUUUGAUGAUAUGUUUAAACCAAGAUAAGUUUCUAGAAGAUAAUCACAUCAAUUUGAUUAAAGUGAAGGAGAAGAUUUAGAUUAUGCUAGUGAAUAAGAAGUUGAAGAUAGAAAUAAAAUUUAAAGAGUUGAAUAAAUCAUAUAAUAAAAACGAGAUCCUAAUUAUUAAUAUAAUCCUUAAGAAUUUUGGUAAUAAGAAGUUAAAAUUAAUGUAAAGAAACCUUAACUUCCUAAUAUUGUUUCUUAAUAAAGACAAUAAGAGUAAUUCUUAUAAUUUUAAAGAGAAAAACUUGAAUAAUAAAUGUAAAUGAUUAAUUAGAAAUAUACAUAAUAACCAAAUGAUCUUUCUUAAUAAUAAUAAUAUUCAUCAUAACUUAAUAAUCUUUAAUAGUAAUUAAAUAAUAAUUAAUAAUAAUUAUUAUAAUAAUAAUAGAGUAAAAAAGAUUUAUAAUAGAUUCAAUCUUAAAAUAUAAAAUCUCCAUAAUAAUAACAUAUGGCUACUCCCUAUUAGGAUGAAAGAUAAAAAUAGCAUAGUCAUUAUAGUGUCUAAAAAUCCUUUAAAACUCCAUAAUCCAUCCCUUCUCAAUAAAAUAAUUAAGAUUCAUUACCUUAAAUACAAGAUCACUCAUUUGAUAAUAAACAAAAUUCUUAAGCACAACUUCCAUAAUCAAAUUAAGAGAUGAAAAAUAGUGUUACAUAGAUAACAAAUUAAAAUUAGAAUCAAUCUCAAAAUAAAAAUCAAUAAUAAUAAUAAGUUGGAUAAAAUGAUUAAAAAUAAUAGGGUUCUAAUACUAAAAAAUAAGAUCAAACAACUUCAGAUAAUAAGAAUAAACAAUUUCCAUCUAUGAAAAAAAUUGAUUAAGAGGGCACUUAAAUAUCUAAAUAAAUUGAAGAAAGAUUAUAAUAAGUUUAAAAUACUUUGAAUAGAACUAAAUUGGGUAUGUAUGAGAAAAUGAUGGCAGCUCAAUCAGUUUAUGAUGUUGAUAUUCAUGUAAACAAUAUAAUACAAUUAUUAGGAAUAUAAAUUGACAGAUUUUCCAUUAACUCAAACAGUAUUUCCAAAACUAAAUGGAGAGGAUGAAAAAUUAAUCUUUCAAUAAUUGUAAAUUUAAUUUUGAUAUUUUAAGAUAUGCUUGGCAAAAAGAGAUCUAUAAAACAAUUCCAAUAUUAUAUUAAGUCAAUCGAAAUUUAAUUGUAUUUAAUGUUAUUUAACAUAAGAUUCCUGAUGAAGAAGAGGGAGCAGCUUCAUAAUUAGUUAGUAGUGAUGAUGAUGACAACUGA